AUUACAAGGAAUUUUGUUAUUGAAUUGGCAAAAUGAUAUAAUAUCCCAAGCAAAAAAUUUUACAACGGGAAAAUCUGAAAUUUACUCAAAAGAAACCUCAUCAAGAUAGUUUAAUUAAAUAUCAAAUACACCAAAAUGUCCUUAGUAUUGAGCUCAGUGCGGGACACUCUAUAUGCCGUUACUUCUUGUUGUUUUCCGAAUCCAACACUUCACAUAAAUCGCCGAACCUUCAAGGUGAUAAAAUUACUUGGUGAAGGAGGAUUUUCCUAUGUUCAUCUGGUACAGGAUACCAGCACUGGUCGAUAUUACGCUUUAAAAAAGAUUCGUUGUCAAUUUGGUUCCGAUUCCGUGAAAGAUGCCAUGAAGGAGGUGGAUAUGUAUAGAUUAUUUUCACAUGAGAACAUUAUCAAAGUCAUUGAUACUUGUGUUGUUCAAGAUAAAAACGGUGGUAAAAUCGUUUAUAUAUUUUUACCAUAUUAUAAGAGCGGACUUCAAGAUGUCAUCAACAAUAAUUUGGAAAAUAAUAAAUAUUUUAGUGAGAAAGAAAUGUUGAAAAUUUUUAGAGGAAUUUGCUAUGCUGUUAGAGCUCUUCAUACUUAUAGAUUUCCUAGUGUUCCUUUACGAUCAGAGAAUGGAAUAACGAAUUCAAAUUUAAAUGGAAUAGAAAAUGAAAUGAAUAAUUCAAUAUCGUUACAAUCCAAUAAUUCACAAAAUGAGGAUGGUGUUGUACCAUUUGCACAUAGAGAUAUUAAACCUGGUAAUAUUUUGCUAACAGAUGAUGCUGAUUCGCAACCCAUAUUGAUGGAUUUUGGGUCUUUGGUUCGAGCACGAAUAAAGAUUCAAACUCGCAAUGAAGCUUUAAUGCAACAAGACUUAGCAAGUCAACAUUCCACUAUGCCAUAUCGGGCACCAGAGUUGUUUGAUGUAAAGACUAAUGUUGAACUUAAUGAAAAAGUUGAUAUUUGGUCAUUAGGAUGUACUUUAUAUGCUAUGGCUUACGGAUCAUCACCAUUCGAUAACAAUAUUAAUGAGCAAGGUGGAUCGAUUGCUUUAGCUGUCCUCAACGCACAAUUUCGUUUCCCCCCCACUGAGCAAGACAAAUAUUCUCCAGAGUUUAAGGAUUUGAUCAGUUUUAUGUUAAAGGUAGACCCCAAAGAUCGGCCGGAUAUUCAUCAAGUUAUUGCUAAAGUUGACACACAAUUGGAACAAUUAAGCUCUUGAAGGAUAAAUGAAUCCCAAUACUUUAUAGCCAAUAACUUCAAACUAUUCUUGUUUUUUUUCUUAUAAUUUUUCAUUCAUAUUCUUCUAUUUGAAAUACCUAAUAUGUAUUCUUUUCUCUACGUGUAUUGAUAUGUUUACUAUAAAUGUUGCAUUAUAUUAGUUAUGUCUGCUUUGAAAAUUGUAUUAAUUAUUGUAUCUGUACUUGAUUUAUUUAGUCAAAAUGGAAAUAAAAGUAAGUCUCAUAAAUUUAA